UUGGCAUUUCGUACGUGACGGCGAGAUAUGCUAUAUAAGAUACCAGUUGUGUGCGUGUUGCUCAUUAGCAGGGAAAUGGGGGUUCGGGAAACGUCGGCGAACAUGGAAAUGCUACUUCUCCUUUGCACGUUGUUGGGUUUGCCUUCAACGCCCGAAGCUUACUUCAGUGGCUCCCCCUCCCCCUACAGCCUCUCCGGCGGGCACAUACCUCAGCCAUCAAAUAUCGUCGCCCACGGAUACCCUAACACCCCUACAAGCAUCGUUACGCACGCCGCACCCAACCUCAAUGCCCCAUCAUCCAUCAUACCCCACGGUGUCCCCGACGUGCAUUCUCCUUCGAGCGUCAUACCCCAUUAUCCCCCGGACGUGAAUGGCCCCGUGGGGAUCCUUCCGCAUUACCUGCCCGAUAUGUCCACCUCGCCGACGCAGAUAAUCGCCCACGCCCACCCAGACCUGUCAAACCCGGCGCAGGUCGUGCCACAAGCCAUGCCUUACCUGUAUAAAGAGCGCUCCUUAUCCUGGCGCGGUCAUUCCUCGUGGUACGCCUUAUCCCCAAGCCGUCUAUCCUCAUGGUCCUCCUUCUCCUACUAAUGUGAUUCCUCAUGGUCCUCCUUACCUGCCUCAUCCCCCAACUCCUUACUAAAAUUAUCUCACAAACCAAAACAUUUACACAUUAUAUAUAUAUCAACUAAGUGUCAUAUAAAUCACAUAUAGAUUUUAGGCCACCAGUCUUUAAAAGGAUGAUUUUUCUCCUUGCGAAUAAACAUUAAUUCACAUAAA